CUGGAGUGGCUGAUUGCACUGCUAAAUUAGCGUCACUUUAUAAAUGUGUGACUCUAUUGAACAGCACUUCAAGACGGUUUAUAUUGACAUUGUUAACACUGACACCUAUUGGUGGGCACAGGAACUAGUGUGAAAUCAACACAGAUGGCAGGUUCUUUGUAAGCGAGCCAAUCACAGGAGGAGACUCAAUUACUUUGAUAACACAAUAACACCAAAGAGCAUUCUGCUGUUAGCCUACCCUGGCCAUUUAUAAGCAACAGAGUGGAGAGUGAAUUCAGAAAUCAAAAGAUGAACGAAGGAGCAACAUCAUAGGUUACAGUUAAUAAACAACAAACAUCACCAUGUGGGACUUAAAUAUAAACACACUACAUAUAUACAGCAUAAACAUGUCAACUUUAACAUGGAUUCUCCUCAGCAUUAGUAUCACAGUCAGCCAAAGUUUUGAGCUUCCAAAGUUUUCUGAUAUGAAACAGUACUAUCUUGGUUAUACGCAAUACAGUGGAAACUUCAGAGACCAGGAUGUAAUAAAGCUAAUAGGUGGCUCUGGGAAAACCCGCUUCCACGACACAGCAGCAUUGAGACUUUCUUAUGUGUUAAAUCGCAUCGGGCAUGAGCAUGCAAUUGGCACCAAAAGGAUUAAGAUAUCCAAACAUAACAAAGACUCAUACAGAGGUGGAAAUAACGAACAGUACAUCUUCCGAAAUGUAGCAUUUGGGCCGUACCUCGCCAAAAAGUAUGGCAAUCCCAUCAUACUUAAACCUCACAAAUAUAACUCUGCCAAAACUAUGUGGCCAAUCCUAGGCAAACAAGGACUAGUACGAUUUGUCACAUAUCAAAAACAAAAACCAAAUGGACAUAUUGCAUUAUGGGAUUGUGAUAAAUUCUACCAGAGUCCUGACUGGACAAAGGAAAAUCGUCUAGUUUCAGUGGAAUUCUGGGAAUCUCCAGAUUCUCAUUGCACAGUGAAACAAGAUGCCAAGAAAUACUGGUGGGCUACAUGGAGAAUGACGAUGGAUUCAACCAAUGAUGCAAACACCCUAGAGAAUGACACAACUUACGACACAAAGCGACAGCCAUUGUUUCGCCAUUUCAAUAAGUACCGCAAGACUCAAAAGCACCUAUAGAUGGUGCUGCUCAAUGUAGUCAUGACCUCAAGGUCAACUAGACUUACUGGUGCCACUGACCUUGACCUUGUGCAUGUGAUUCUGGAGUGAUAUACCAGUGCAGAACAUUGAAUGUCUGACAAACCAGUUCCAUGUAACUGAUAUAGAGAAACAUCUGUCUGUAUGGGACACAGUGACUCAAAAUGCAAUGUGACAUUAAACAUAGUAACCUAAUACAGAACUUUAUUAUGCCAUAGAAACCUUAAAGGUCAUGGUAAUUUCAGAGAGGUCAUGAUCAUGUGACCCCAUCAAGGUCAUCAGCUUCCAUGUCAAGGUCACAUCACUGCCGUAAACAACUUACAACUUGCCCUUAUGUUAAACUACCAAUCAACACAAUAUCAAUGUGCUUAUUCUUUUUUGUUCAACAUAAUGAAAAAGUAGAAUCAUCAUGCAAAGAUCAAAAUGAAGGCAUAAAGACGAAAGAAAUUCAGAAUAUAAGAGAGGAAAAGAAUUAUGUGUGCUCGAUUUCAUACUAGAGAAUUCUUGUACAAAUUGUACAUAUUGUAUACCAUUUAAUUAUGAUUGUAUGAUUUGUAAAAUAUGGGGCCAAAACUUGUCAUCAUUUAUAAUAUAAGUAAGGCUUGUUGCCAUGGCAACAACAGCAAUGACAACUACAGCAAAUUAUAAUCUAAGUCAAUAAUUUAUUUUAGAGAUACUUAGUUAAAAGAUACGUAAUUUAAGUAUGUAAUUAAGUAUGUAAUUUUAUACAUAGAAACAAAUGUUGUAAUAAAAUAUGCAUGAUAUUUAAUAUAAAA